AUGAGUCAUGCUUCCGAUUCAGUUGAGCAACUUGUUCGUUCUUAUUUGACGUCUCGUUCGUUUGUUAAUACAGCGAAAUCGUUUGAAACCGAAUGUGCAAUUGCACGCGAUGGAAAAUAUCAAGUUGAUAGAUUUAUGGAGGAAUUAUCGAAUGCAAUGGACAAUUUAGAUAUUGAAAAAGUUGCAAUCUUAUGGGCAGAAUGGAACGGGAAAAUUUUCAACUCGUUGGAUCCGGAACGCGUGAAACUGGCACAACAAUAUGAAGCGGACACGUACAGAUUAUUCCUCGUUCGGUGUACUCAGAAGAACAACAUUCAAAAAUGCAAUGAAUUCUUUCAACGAUUAUCGUCGCUAACCCAGAAUAAUCCUCAAUGGAUAGACUGGUUUUCAUUUCCAUACAAUCCGAAUGCGAAAAAUAGCGAACCAUUCAAAAAAUAUUUUGAUAAGACGUGGCAAGAAAUUUUUCUCAUUUCUUUGUACAAUUUUUUGGCUGUAAGCCUUCCAGCAGCUGCGUCAACUCCUUUAGUCAAACUCGUUGAAGACGUAACAAAAGAGCAGAACAACGUGAAACCAGGAGAGUUUGAUGAGGAGCUGAUGGAUGAUUUUGCUGUAAUCGCUCAGUGCUCAUCUCCUGUUCAAAGAGCUCAUUCGAAGCCAACGUUGCGUAACAUAUUGAAGUCGUUAACAGGAUCAAAGCGAAGUACUGAUUAA